AAAAGUGUAGCUUUAAGGGCACAACUCGUAUGGAGUUGAUGAAAAAUGAGGUUAAGCAUAAUAAUAUGUUAUCACAAUCUAAAAGUGGCCCUAAAGAGCUUUGGCCAAGUGUGUCAAAUUAUGUUCUCAAACUCUCAUCACCAGAAGAUCUAGACUCACCAGUGGCUUUUCUCUAUUUCUUGGACUCUGGUGGUGGAUCCUAUCCCCAACUUAUUUCAAGUGCUCAAGUAGAAUGGUUCAACUCCACAUCACUAAACAUCAACCCUAAUUCAAGGGUGCCUGAGGUAAUUUUCUGGCAUAUACCAAGCAAAGCAUACAAGAAACUGGCUCCAAUAUUUGGUAUACACAAACCUUGGGUGGGUUCAAUUUAUAAAGAGAGAGUUGCUACUCAAGAAGUUGAAAAUGGUAUCAUGGAACUUCUUGUUCAAAGGCCUUCUGUCAAGUAGGAGUGUCAAUGGGUCGGGUCGGAUCUGAUCUGACUAUGAUCUGACCUGAUCCAGAUCAUGUAAGGAUCUGUCUCGCCCUGCCCCGCUAGAUCAGAUACUCGGAUCGGAUCAGAUCCGACCCAACUAUUUUUUUUUUAAGAAUUU